AUGAAAGAUAUAGUUGAGUUAUUAGCGAAUGAAGGCACUAUCUGGCACUUUAUUCCACCGAGAGCCCCCAAUUUUGGUGGCCUUUGGGAGGCUGCGGUCAAAAGUGCCAAAACUCAUCUUGUUAAGGUCGUUGGAAACUCAACGUUGACAUUUGAAGAGAUGACAACUCUGCUAUCACAGGUCGAAGCGUGUUUAAAUUCUAGACCCAUCUGUCAACUAAAUGAUAAUCCAGAUGAUUUGUUUCCACUAACGCCAGCUCAUUUCCUCAUUGGUGAGGCAACUAUGAUAAUUCCUGAACCAGACCAUGAGAAUACAAGAUUAAGCGCAUUAGAUAGAUGGACCUUAGUACAAAAAAUGACGCAACACUUUUGGAAACGCUGGUCAACAGAGUAUCUGCAAGGACUACAGAGAAGACAAAAGUGGCAAAAAUCUUCAAUGUCUCCAGAUGUCGGUCAAUUGGUAAUUAUAAAAGAAAACGACUUACCUCCAGCCAAAUGGUUGUUGGCGCGUAUACUAGAACUGAUUCCCGGACCUGACAAGGCUGUUAGGGUGGUUAAAUUGAAAUGUAAAUCAUCUAUCUUAACAAGGCCUAUCAACAAAAUUAUUUUGUUACCUAGAGAUAUUAAAUUACACGAAGACGCUCACGAAUACCUCAUGGUGGGCGGAAAGAACAAGGUUCUUGGUGGGCGGAAUGUUGGCGCCGUUUCCGCUACAGCACAAUAG